UUUGGCGGCCGGGGCUCCCAGUGGCGGGAGUUGGAGGCAAAAACGAGUCGCGUUGCGAGGGGCGCAAGCUACGGCUUCUGCGGGGCUUGGGGGGGCGUUUUCACGGCUUUUCUCUCACUUGAGUCUCUUCCUUCGGCCCUCAUGCUCUUCAAUUCGGUGCUCCGCCAGCCCCAGCUUGGCGUUCUGAGGAAUGGAACUUGCUGAACACCUCUCUGUCCUCUGUGUCUCGGAGGGCUGUGCAGCACGGUGGUUAAGAAUGCGAUUGUCUUUGGAGUUAACUGCCUGGGUUUUAAUUACAACUCCACUCCUUACUUUUCGUGUGACCUGGGGCAAACUAUUGAGCCUCUAUUUUGUGACAGAUUUUCUCCUAAUUCUCCAAUACAUCUGUCUACUUUUUCUCCUUCCUCUCCUAUUCACGAGUACUCAUUCAUUGUUAAUGUGGAAAUGAUGAAGGUAGAGAAAGAUGUACCUCACCCUCUCAGGAUGGUCUUCACAGUACCCUCUACAAUCCCUUCUAACUGGUUAUCAAUGCACUUGUAAUGAUGAGCACACUUCUUAUGGAGAAACGGGAGUCCCAGUUCCUCCUUUUGGAUGCACUUUCUCUUCUGCUCCCAAUAUGGAGCACAUACUAGCAGUUGCCAAUGAAGAAGGCUUCGUUAGAUUGUACAACACAGAAUCACAAACUUUGAAAAAGAAGUGCUUCAAGGAAUGGAUGGCUCAUUGGAAUGCUGUGUUUGACCUGGCCUGGGUCCCUGGUGAAUUUAAACUUGUUACAGCAGCAGGUGAUCAGACAGCCAAAUUUUGGGAUGUAAAAGCUGGUGAACUGCUUGGAACAUGCAAAGGUCAUCAGUGUAGCCUAAAGUCGGUUGCAUUUUCCAAGUUUGAGAAAGCUGUAUUCUGUACAGGUGGAAGAGAUGGCAACAUUAUGGUUUGGGAUACCAGAUGCAACAAAAAAGAUGGUUUUUAUAGGCAAGUGAAUCAAAUCAGUGGAGCACACAAUACCUCAGACAAACACACCCCUUCAAAACCCAAAAAGAAACAGAAUGCAAAAGGACUUGCUCCUUCUGUGGAUUUCCAGCAGAGUGUUACUGUUGUCCUUUUUCAAGAUGAGAAUACUUUGGUCUCUGCAGGAGCUGUGGAUGGGAUAAUCAAGGUAUGGGAUUUGCGUAAGAAUUAUACUGCUUAUCGACAAGAACCAAUAGCGUCCAAGUCUUUCCUGUACCCAGGCAGCAGCACACGAAAACUAGGAUACUCAAGUUUGAUUUUGGAUUCCACUGGCUCUACUUUAUUUGCUAAUUGCACAGAUGACAACAUCUACAUGUUCAAUAUGACUGGAUUAAAGACUUCUCCGGUGGCUGUUUUCAAUGGACACCAAAACUCUACCUUUUAUGUAAAAUCCAGUCUCAGUCCAGAUGACCAGUUUCUACUCAGUGGCUCCAGUGAUGAAGCUGCCUACAUCUGGAAGGUCUCCACGCCAUGGCAUCCUCCUACUGUACUCCUAGGUCAUUUUCAAGAGGUCACAUCUGUAUGCUGGUGUCCAUCCGACUUCACAAAGAUUGCUACCUGCUCUGAUGACAAUACACUCAAAAUUUGGCGCUUAAAUAGAGGCUUAGAGGAGAAACCAGGAGGGGAUAAACUUUCCAUAGUAGGUUGGGCCUCUCAGAAGAAAAAAGAGACAAGAGCUGGACUAGCAACAGUAACAAGUAGCCAGAGUACUCCUGCCAAAGCUCCCAGGGUGAAGAGCAGUCCGUCCGUUUCCUCUCCAUCAUCUGCAGCUUGUGCUCCAAGCUGUGCUGGAGACCUCCCUCUUCCUUCAAAUACUCCCACAUUCUCUAUUAAAACCCCACCUGCCAAGGCCCGGUCUCCCAUCAACAGAAGAGGCUCCGUCUCCUCCGUCUCUCCCAAGCCACUUUCGUCGUUCAAGAUGUCUAUUAGAAACUGGGUGACUCGAACACCUUCCUCAUCACCUCCCAUCACUCCGCCUGCUUCUGAGACCAAGAUCAUGUCUCCAAGAAAGGCCCUGAUUCCUGUGAGCCAGAAGUCAUCCCAGGCAGAGACUUGUUCUGAAUCUAGAAAUAGAGUAAAGCGGAGGCUAGACUCGAGCUGUCUAGAGAGUGUGAAACAGAAGUGUGUGAAGAGUUGCAACUGUGUGACUGAGCUUGAUGGCCAAGUUGAAAAUCUUCAUUUGGAUCUGUGCUGCCUUGCUGGUAACCAGGAAGACCUAAGUAAAGACACUCUGGGUCCUACCAAAUCAAGCAAGAUUGAAGGAGCUAGCACAAGUAUCUCAGAGCCUCCUUCUCCUGUCAGUCCUUACGUUUCAGAAAGCUGUGGAACACUACCUCUUCCUUUGAGACCUUGUGGAGAAGGGUCUGAAGUGGUAGGCAAAGAGAAUAGCUCCCCAGAAAAUAAAAACUGGUUGUUGGCCAUGGCAGCCAAACGGAAAGCGGAGAAUUCAUCCCCACGAAGUCCAUCGUCCCAGACACCCAAUUCCAGACGGCAAAGUGGAAAGACGUCACCAGGCCCGGUCACCAUUACUCCCAACUCCAUGAGGAAAAUCUGUACAUACUUCCAUAGAAAAUCCCAAGAUGACUUCUGUAGUCCUGAGCACUCAACAGAGCUAUAGGUUCUAGUCUGAGUGAGUCAACAGAAUCCUGGUCCACCAAAACAAGAUGACAGCAGCAGCAGAGUGACUCUGUAACUCUGGUUUUUAAGAAAGCUGCCAUCUUUUCAUUUUUAGAUAAAAUCUUUCCAACUCUGAAAUGCACCUGAUCUGGUUUUUCUACUGGUUGUGUUAUACACAGUGUUUGUUUUUCAGAGUGAAUGCUGGGUUUAAAUUUCAUAAAGUUGUCAUUUUGUAGCAUUUUGAGUGAAUAAUUUUCACUUUUUAAAUUAUGCAACUUCUUUACAAUAUUGACACCUCAGCUUAUGCAGGCAAGAAACUGAGUGUUGUUACCAUGAAACUGUACACAGAGGGAAAUGUCUGCAAGACACAGCGCAAGGCCUCCCUGAGGCAUCUGCUGGAGACCCCUAGAUCGGUUCUGCCUCAGACAAGCAUAAUUUUAUUUGAAAUAUAUAAUCUUUUCACUAUGCUUUUGUGUUUUCUUUGUAAAGCGUAUAUAAAAAUGUGAUGUUCAGAUAAGUACAUUUAUAUUGGUUUAGUGUUAAAAUACAAUCUCUUGAGUUAAAAGUCUUUAUUUUAAAUGCAGUGAUAAAUGUCAGCUCUUUGGAGAAAUGAGGAGAACAACAAUAGAAAGCUAUAUCCAUCUUUCUCCCAGAGUACCUUCCAUAUGAGAUUUAAGGUUCUCGUAUUUCUUAACAAGCUUUUGCAUGGGAGGUUAUGAUUUUGCCAUUUACUGGAGAAAGGUUUUGUAAAUCAGCAGUCAUACACACUGAAGCUGGAAUUUGACUUUUGGAGAACUCUUCAGUUCUCUAGGAACUACAACUUGUUUUAAAAUAAGACAUCAGACUUUAAGAAAAGUAAUGAUUUCCUGUUGGUAUUUUUUGUAAAAGAUGAUGGCUCUGAACUAAAUAUUCACACCUGAAAAAUAAAUCUUGGCUUUCUCUUCAUGUACGUAAAAAGCAGUAGCCUUUUAGAAUAGCCCUGAGACAAAAAGGCAUUGUGCUUUCCCUAGAUAUUUAAUAGAGAGUAUAUAGAGACUAAAUCUAAAUUAACUAAUGGGCAAGACAUCUUAAACAACAAUUAUGUAUUAUUGACCAUCUCAAAAUGAACCCUUGUUUUAUGGUUUUUUUCCUUUUGUAACUUCAUAGAAAGAAGCCUUAUGAACUUUCCAUGUACUCUGUGCUUGGAAGGGGGUCCACUUGCAAUCAUAACAUUUGAUUCAUUUUAUCCGUAUUUCUGAGGGCUGUGUAGACUUUAUUCCUAUUUCGUCAUGAUUUGAAAACCUGUUUUUUUAUGGAAGCUCUUUAAUUCCUUUGAUCUUAUAAAUUAAAGCUUGUAACAACCAGGGCCACAUAGGUCAAUUAAACAUAGAUUUUCCCUGGCUUUAUCCAAAGAGGGAAAACAAAGAGAGGUUUUAGAAUUACAGUGUUCAAAACUAAGUGCACCGUGGCCUUAACUGAAUAUUUAGGAAUUCAACUUACAUUUGAUGUUUGGUUUUUGAGUGUUGGGCUAUGGGAAGGUAUUAUUUGUGAUCGAUACCUGCCAAUAAUGCUACUUUGUUGUUUUUAAAGCCAGUAAGGAAAAAAAUGUCAUGAAAAAGAAAACGAUCAAUAUAAAUAGAUGAUGUUGGUUUUGUCCCUGCGUAUCCAAGAGCACUACUGAGUGAAAUUGGGGUAAACGUGACUGUCAGAAACUGUGCCCAGGGUCUAGUGGGUGCAGCAUGUCCCACUUGGAAAACUAGUACUUAAAUGGGUGCCAAAGGUCAAAUGUAAUGAGAUAAUAACUAUCCCUGCUUGUGUCAGUGUCAGACUUUGAGCUGAUCCUGAAUAAUAAUAAAGUCUUUUACCUUA